AUGGAGAAGAUGGCCAGGGUCACCACUGCCCUGGGGGGCAACGCGCUGACUGGCCGCACCAUGUUCUGCCACCUGGACGCCCCUGCCAACGCCAUCAGCGUGUGCCGCGACGCUGCCCAGGUGGUGGUGGCCGGCCGCAACAUCUUCAAGAUCUACUCCAUCGAGGAGGAGCAGUUUGUGGAGAAGCUGAACCUCCGCGUGGGCCGCAAACCUUCCCUGAACUUCAGCUGCGCCGACGUGGUGUGGCACCAGAUGGACGAGAAUCUGCUGGCCACAGCCGCCACCAACGGCGUGGUUGUCACCUGGAACCUGGGCAAGCCAUCCCGCAACAAGCAGGACCAGCUGUUCACGGAGCACAAGCGCACUGUCAACAAGGUGUGCUUCCACCCCACCGAGGUGUACAUGCUGCUCAGCGGCUCCCAGGACGGCUACAUGAAGUGCUUUGACCUGCGCAAGAAGGACUCUGUCAGCACCUUCUCUGGCCAGUCGGAGAGUGUACGUGACGUCCAGUUCAGCAUCCGGGACUAUUUCACCUUUGCCGCCACCUUUGAGAACGGGAACGUGCAGCUGUGGGACAUCCGCCGGCCCGACCGCUACGAGAGGAUGUUCACGGCCCACAACGGGCCUGUCUUCUGCUGUGACUGGCACCCAGAGGACAGGGGCUGGCUGGCCACAGGUGGCCGUGACAAGAUGGUGAAGGUGUGGGACAUGAACACGACGCGGGCCAAGGAGAUCUACUGCGUGCAGACCAUUGCCUCGGUGGCACGGGUGAAGUGGCGCCCCGAGUGCAAGCACCACAUCGCCACCUGCUCCAUGAUGGUGGACCACAACAUCUACGUGUGGGACGUGCGCCGCCCCUUCAUCCCCUCCGCCAUGUUCGAGGAGCACAAGGAUGUCACCACGGGCAUCGUGUGGCGGCACCUCCACGACCCCUACUUCCUCCUCUCGGGCUCCAAGGACAGCACCCUCUACCAGCACAUCUUCAAGGACGCCAGCCAGCCCAUUGACCGCGCCAACCCCGAGGGGCUGUGCUACAGCCUCUACGGAGACCUGGCCUUCGCCGCCAAGGAGAGCCUCAUCUCCUCCGACUCCAACCGCAAGCCCUACAUCGGGGACCGGCGCCACCCCAUCUUCUUCAAGCGCAAGCUGGACCCCACAGAGCAGUUCGAGUACAUCUCGUCCUCCAGCGCCCUGAGCGUGUUUGAGACGGAUGUGGAGAGCGGCAGCAUGGACUGGUUUGUGCACACGGCCAAGCAGUACGCGCUGGCCGGCCGGCCGCUGGCCGAGCUCUGUGACCACAAUGCCAAGGUGGCCAAGGGGCUGGACCGCAACCAGGUGGCUCAGACGUGGACGAUGCUGAGGAUUAUCUAUUCCAGCCUUGGCACUGUGGCGUCCACAAACCUCAACCACAGCAUGGGGAAAGGCAGCACUGCCCUCCCACUCAUGAACAGCUUUAACCUGAAAGAUAUCCCUGCUGGACUGGGCAGCGAGUCCAGACUGGACCGCAGCAAAGGAGAAAGCCGCACAGAAAACAUCCUCAUGGAUUCCUCCUCCACCCUCAUCAACAACGAGGACAAUGAGGAGACAGAGGGCAGCGACGUCCCUGCGGAUUAUCUGCUGGGAGAUGUGGAGGCAGAUGAGGAUGACCUGUACAUGAUGGACCACGAGAACCCGCACGCUGAAGAGCAGGAAUACAGCCUUCCCCAGGAAGCCUUCCCCCUGCGCCAUGAAAUCGUGGACAACCCAUCAGCCUUGGACCACCUGCAGGACAAGGCCGACUCCCCUCACGUCAGUGGCAACGAGGCCGAGACGGUGUCGCUGACCCCUGUGGAGUCCUUCUCACUCAUCUCCAUCUCCCACUCUCUCUAUGAGAACCGCCUGCCCUCCGACUUCUUCAACCCCAUCGUGAGGGACACGUUGCUCUUCUACGCCGAGCAGGGCGACGUGCAGACAGCUGUGUCCGUGCUCAUCGUGCUGGGAGAGCGCAUCCGCAAGGAGAUCGACGAGCAGACGCAGGAGCACUGGUACACAUCCUACAUCGACCUGCUGCAGCGCUUCCAGCUCUGGAACAUCUCCAACGAAGUGAUCAAGCUGAGCACCUGCCGUGCCAUCAACUGCCUCAACCAGGCUUCCACCACCCUGCACGUCAACUGCAGCAACUGCAAGCGGCCCAUGAGCAACAGGGGCUGGAUCUGCGACAGGUGUCGGCAGUGUGCCAGCAUGUGUGCCGUGUGUCACCACGUGGUGAAGGGACUCUUCGUCUGGUGCCAGGGCUGCAGCCACGGUGGCCACCUGCAGCACAUCAUGAAGUGGCUGGAGACCAGCUCCCACUGCCCCGCCGGCUGUGGCCACCUCUGCGAGUACACCUGA